GUAUAUAAAAAAGAUUCUAUUGUUAAAAAUUAGGAUUAUAUACUGGUAUAAUAUCCCCAACCCCCAACAUUCAGAGAAACUAGCAAUAUAUUCAAAAUGAAUAACAAUUGCUAGUGCACGCUAACUUCUCGGGUUUGUUGAACAUUAUGUUGAACAUAUCGGUAAUGGAAGAUUUGACAGUUCUUUGAAUUUUAUACACAAUUUAUCUAUAUUAGUCGAACAAAAUCGUUUAUAAAAAUGCCGUGGAAAAUUGGUGAGAUGGCUUUUAUAUUGUUUACAUUAAUACCUUAGAUUUAAAACAAUCUGUACUGAAGAAAUCUAUUUUCCAAAGAAUUCAACGAAUGGAAACCUUUAGGUGGAAAUUUCGAAACUGUAGCAGUUACAUGUGAAAAAACUUGGAAGGAAUGUGUAAUCGCGGUGGCAAAUUAUUUAUGGUGCGAAGUGGUGUCCGAUGUCGUUGAUUAUUUAACAAAAGAAGAAAUGAUAUGGGUAAGAAAAGCAACAUAAUUAUUCUAUACAUUAUUAACAAACAAUUAAAUUUUUAAAUUUUGUUUCAAAAUUUUUUUUAAAAUAUGAAUUAUUUUUCUCAAAAUUUUUGUUAAAUUUAGGCUUUCUCUAAAGUAUCAAGUUAUUCUCAAGAAUAACUUUGGAUUGUACUUCACAUUUCUCUAAUAUUUAAAGGUUCUUGUGACAGCGAUAGCCAUCGCUUCUACGAUACUUAUCCGUAUGAAAUAUUGCAAAAAGAUACAUGCGGAAAAUAUUGUAUUAAAUAAACAAAUAUUAAAUAAAGUUGGACAUAAAAUUCACGAUUUAGAAUUGAAGAUCAAUGUCUUAACAUAUAAAAUGCAAUAUGGAACAUGGCCAUUACCACAUCAAAUCUACAAUUUAAAUCCGAAAAAAAUGCGGAAGAAUAAAAUGACAUUACCCAACCCGAAUGAUCGGAAAAAGCAUGUGUCUCAAAAAGAAAGUAAUCUUUCUAAAAAUGAAGAUUCCAUAUUACAAUGGCAAAAUGUACAAUUUUUACCUUUAAAUUUGAGCGAAAUUAAUCGUCAAUUUUCAAGAACGCUCUUAACACAGAAUGGCAAAUAUUCAACAUACUCGAUGAACAAUACAUAUAAUUUAUGCCAAAAAUUCACAGAUACUGUCCAUAAAUGUAAAUCGUUUCUUAAAGAAUUGGAAUAUAACAAUAAACGUUUACAUUCCUUGAGUAAUUCAGAAAUUUCGUCAGAAAUGAGUAAAGCUUCUUCUUUGAAAAUUGCUGAUUCGGCAAAACAGAUAGCUUUUGUUAUGACAGAAAAAAGGGAGGCAUCUCAUGAUGCUUAUAUAAUAAAGAAAGAAGAAAAAAUAAACAAAAUGAAAUAUAUGAAAAAGGAAAAGGACAAAAUGAUACAAAAUGUUACAGAACUAUUUAGUCAAAGUAAUGUAAAUAUAUCUACUGACGUUGCAGUUUUAACGAAUAAUGAUGCAUUAUCGAAGGAAUUUGUUUCAAUUUUUCCAAUAAGUCAACCAACGCAUAAUGUACAAUCUUCCCGGGAAAUUCUAUAUGAAGUUAAAAAAAGACUGCGCAGUUUACAUAAUGUGUUGCGAACCUAUCAGGACAUAAGCCGAUCUUCGGAAAGACAUAAGUCAAUAGAUAAAAUCAAUGAAAUCGAUGCAUUUACAUCCAUUGAGAAAACUGAUGAAAAUAAAAUCGAUAUAAAUUGCAAUGGCGAUUCAAAGGAAAAUUUGCCGCGAAUACAAUGCUCGGUUGUAAGCAGUUCCGAAUAUUUUGAAUUUGAUUGCUCAGAAGAAAGUUCAUCUUCCUUAACCGAAUAUUCAUCGGAUAUACCUAAAGCGUAUCAAUAUUCCAAUGAUGUCAUAUUGCAAAAUGAAGAUAUAACAAAAACAACUUUAUUUAAUCGUAGAAAAAAGAUACCCGAGGUAGUAUCGGGAAAAAUAUGCUACAUUUCAUCACCCGAAUCUUUUGAAGAUCAAAAUAUUCAAAUCCAAAAUAAAGUAUCUUCAAUUAAAAACUUUACUACUAAAAAAUAUAGGGAUGUAUUUGAUAUAGAACAAUGCCAAGAGAAUGUAAUAACAUCUCAAAAAAGCGGUCGAAAUAAAAUAUCAAACGAUAGCGACAGAGAAGAGAGAUCUACAACAUUAUUGCUUCAAGAAGCUUUACAUUUUAAGAAAGCCUUAUUAACACGUGUUCAAUCAAAAAAAGAGUGUCCAAUAGAUAGUAUAAAAGAGAACAAUGUCAAAGAUGAAUUUUUGUCGGAAUUAAAUAAUAAUAAUUUUCCUUCCAUAGUAGUAGAUAUCAAAUUGGAAGAACCAAUUACUAAUGAUUCUCAUGACAAAAUUAAUCAAUGUUAUAUUUAUUUAGAAAUGAAACAACGACGCGACUUAUUUCCUGAAUAUUUGCAAAAAGUAAAUGCAUUCACGCAUCAUGAGAGCAAAAGAAAUAUAGAGAAUCAAAAUUGUAUUUUCGAAACACCUUCGCAAUAUUUUAGCAUCACCAAUUUGACAAUUCCUAAUAAUAAAGUUGGAAAUAAUGUUUCUUUGAAGCCUCCAGUUUAUGAAAAAGUUAUUUCAAUCGUGAUACCAGUCAGGCUAGAAUGUCAAAGUGAAAUCGAUAUAAAUGAAAAAUUAAUCCAAACAAAAACUGUUUUGAGAAAUAUCCAGACUCGUGUAAAUCCGCAAAAAAAUUUCAGAAAGAACGUCGACAAUAUAGAUAACAAUGUAGCCGAUAAACAUUCACCGACGAUGCUAAAAUUCGAAGAUCUUAUAUUAGAACAUAUUAAAAACAUCAGAGAUUACAUAGAUACUUUUCUUCAAAGCCAAAAUAGAGCAAUCUCCAAAGCGCGCAAAGUGCUUCAGUACCAAAGUAAACGCCAUAUUUUACGAUGUUUAAAUGAAACAAGUCACAUAGUAUUACACAAUAGAUUGAUUGCACCAUCUAAUUGCAACAGCAAUGAUCACAUCGUUAAUUCUUUAAAUUCAUCUAAUCUUUUAUUAAUAAAUGCAGAACCAAAUUAUAAACAGCAAAUUUCUAUCAAAGAUAAUAUCUUAAAAUGCUAUUCAGACAUGUGUUUAAGAAGAAAUCCAGGAAUGUUUGUACCUAUAACUCCUAUUAAGGAUAAGUUCUCUAACAGAAAUACUCAGCACUUAGCAACAAUAGAAUUAAAAAGAAAAGAAGCUGAUUUAUAUCGUCCAGUAACAUUAAAAUAUUACUAUAAAAAUCGUUCAAAAUCUACAGACAAUUUGGAUUUGGAAAAAUAUAUUAUGACAGAUAUAAAAAACGGUAAAAUAAAUAAAAAACAGAAUAGUUGAUAUAAGUGUGAAUUUUCAGAAAUGUGAGAAACAAACAAAUCGUUAAAAGUAAAUCCUCAGUAAUAUUAUAUGUUCCACUUGAUGUUGUAACAACUGCAAAAAUUGUUGAAAUGCAAAUAUUGUUAAUGCGAUAAAUAUGUGACAAACUUUAACCACUACAAUUCAAUCUUCUGUACCAAUUCAUGCUUCACAAAAAAAUAAUAAUGUGAAAAUAGUAUAUAACAUAUUUUUUACGUCUCUAUCAAAUGUAAAACGUUCACAUGCACAAAGUUGAAUUUUCCAAAGAAAAUAAAUCAAAAUAUUAUUAAAAGACAAAUCUCCAAAAAUGAAUAUCCAGAUACAAAUUUAGUAAUUUGCUAAAAAAAUUAUAUGUUAAAUUUCGUAUAUUCGAAUUUGGCGAAACUUGUUGACUCAAAUUUCAUUUUAAAUAAAAAUCAGGACAUAAUUAUUUGAUGCAAGAACAACUAAUACAGAGGAAAAACUAAACACAAAUGCCAUCAAAUAAUUUCAAAUAAAAUAAUGAAAUAUCUAUAAACAUUGCACAUUUAUCGUUUCUAACAGAAAAUUAUUCAAUAGGAUAUUUAUUGCAGACACAAAUUGUAUUCCCAAAUUAAAAUUAAAAGUAAUAUAUAUUCUUAAUAACAAGUAUAAAAAUAAGAAUUUAAAUAUCACAACUUAUAUCUAACUAAAAAGAUCACAUUCAUUUUUUAUGACACCUUGAAAGAUAACCGGAGAAAAUUGCAUCAAACUUAUACAAUAAUAAAAAUAAAUGUAUAAAAAAUAAGUUAUAAUCUACAACUCAAGCUAAAUAUACUAUAUCACAAAGCAUAUCUAUUACAUCUUUCAUACUAUUUUAAAAAAUCGUUUAGAACUUGCCAAAUAAAAUAUCAAGUAUCCAUUAACAUACAAGAAUCCAUUAAUUAUUUAU